AUGGCGCCCACCACGCGCGGUUUGACGGAGGCCAGUCGACCCGUCUGCCGCAUCUGGGGCCGGCGACCUUUCCAGCCCUUCCAGGAUAAUUCACAGGACGCACAGAAGUACUGGAAUGAGAUCGCGGAAGUCAAGUAUAAAGUGCGUCAGAAGCAGGGGAGUGCGGCGGAAGUGCGGCCGGUGGAGUCAGUGUUGACUGAGUUGAAGCAAUUGUCUCCCGGGCCGGGUCCGGGCGUGCCGAAGCACCUGCCGAUUUCCUACGACGGGAUUGGGCGACGAAUCGUGAAGAUUUCGUGCGGGUCUACUUUCAUCGCGUUCCUGACGGAGGCGAACGAGGUGUACACGGUGGGGCAUGGACUGCAGGGCCAGUUGGGACAGGGACCAAAGGUGGGUGCGUUACGUACCCCGGCGAAGGUAGCGAUGCCGAAGCCGGAAACGGCGUCGGCUGCGGUGCGACGAGCGGGUAGUGGGGAGUCGGUGCAGAAUAUGACAGCUUCGCGGAAUUGGGCGGACAGCUUGUCGGAGCCGGCGGGCGAGGAGGCGGCGGUGGUCGUGGACGUAGCGGCUGGCGAGGCGCACUGUCUCGCGCUGGCUGAGGACGGAGUCGUUUUCGUCUGGGGUGCCUCUCAGGCCUGCGGGCUUGCGACCGUAGAUGAUGUCUUGACGCCGGCCGUACUCAACGACGCCAUUCCGCUCGACAGGCCGGCACAGGAGACUCCGCCAACGACCCUUGGAGCCACACCGGGGCUGCCACCUGCGCAAAAAGUCGUCGCUGUUGCCGCCUGUGCCCAAAAGAGCAUCGCCCUCUCCCUCGACGGCCGCCUCUACCUCUGGGGCAAUUGGCCCGGCCGUGCACGCAUUAUCCAACCCCUCGAGGUCGCCCAGGUUCUCAGCGAAGAGGGCGCCGUCCAUAGCGCCAAAAUCGUCCUCGGCGAAACCGCCGGAGUACUGAUGCUCAAACUCACCGAAACGCCCCACCGAGUCUACCUCUACCAAUUCGGCAUGGGCAUAAGGAACGAAAUACUCUCCCCCGGCCGCCAGUUCGACGAACCCCUCUUCCAACGAAAAUGCGAGUCGCGAUACGAUAUGUUCGUCCCCGAGCCCAUCUCUACCUACUUGAACAAAAUAUCCGGUCUGGACUGUUACGAUGUGCUUGACGUGGCCGUGGGUAGCCGGCACAUGCUGGUCCUCACUAGCGAAGGAAAGAUCCUUUGCUGGGGCGACAACUCUUGGGGUCAGUGCGGAGUGACGGGGGAACGUAUGACCCGUGUUUCACCUCCAGCCUGUGUUUCGUUUCAAGAGGAGGUGACGCCAGUGCGUGUCUUCGCCGGUGGAAACCAAUCUGCGUUUAUUAGCGACGUGGGUCAGGUUUACAUGUGGGGUUGCAACCAGGACCACAGGUUGGCGAAUUCGGCUAUCAAGUUGUUGGCGGAAGCUCCCAUCCGCGCUCUGGGACCUAAGGGCUUCGUGGCGUCCUUGGGACGGGCUAGCAGCAUUGGUACGAGCACGGCUGCGUCUGUGCAGGACUCGCUUUUCAGUCCCCAACGAGUGCUGGCCCUUGGCUCGUAUCACGCCACGGCUAUCGGCAUGGGAGAGGAGUUUACGGCCAUUGCAACGGACUAA